CGAGGCUGCGGCUGAGGCGCCUGCAGAAGCUGCAGGGAGGACACUGCCCCCCACAGCCUCCCUAGCUCACUGGAGCAGGGACAGCGGACGCCCAGCGGUGCAGCCUGAGCUUGGCUGGGGGCGCCGAGGGCAGGAGCAGGAAAGAACCAUGUCCCCAGGCUGCCCGCGCCUCUGGGUCCUGCUGGUCCUGGGCUCCAGCUGGGCAGGCUGGGGGCCCACGGGGGCCGGGGCCGCGCGGCUGAGGCAGUUCUAUGUGGCUGCGCAGGGCAUCAGCUGGAACUACCGGCCGGAGCCCACAGACCCCAGUUUGAAUCCUUUUGCAACAACUUUUAAGAAAAUUGUCUACAGAGAGUAUGAAGCACAUUUUCAUAAAGAAAAACCACAAUCUAAAACUGCAGGACUUCUUGGGCCUACUUUAUAUGCUGAAGUUGGAGACAUCAUGAGAGUUCACUUUAAAAAUAACGCAGACAAGCCCUUAAGCAUCCAUCCUCAAGGGAUUAAGUACAGUAAAUCCUCAGAAGGUGCCUCCUACCCUGACCACACGUUCCCUGCAGAGAAGCUGGAUGAUGCCGUAGCUCCCGGCCACGAAUAUACCUACGAGUGGACCAUCAGUGAGGACAGUGGGCCCACCCAGGAUGACCCGCCAUGCCUCACGUACAUCUACUACUCCCAUGAAAAUCUGAUACAGGACUUCAACUCUGGGCUGAUUGGGCCUCUGCUUAUUUGUAAGAAAGGCACCCUCACUGAGGAUGGGAGUCAGAAGAUGUUUGACAGGCAGCAGGUGCUCAUGUUUGCUGUGUUUGAUGAAAGCAAGAGCGGGAGCCGGUCAUCAUCCGUCAUGUACACGGUCAACGGCUAUGUGAACGGGACGUUGCCAGAUAUCACCGUUUGUGCCCAGGACCACAUCAGCUGGCAUCUGAUCGGCAUGAGCUCUGGACCAGAACUGUUCUCCAUUCACUUCAAUGGCCAGGUCCUGGAGCAGAACCAUCGCAAGGUCUCAGCCGUGACCCUCGUCAGCGCUACGUCCGCGACUGCUAACAUGACGAUGGGCCCGGAGGGGAAGUGGAUCAUCUCUUCUCUCAUCCCCAAGCACUUUCAAGCUGGGAUGCAGGCUCGUAUCGACAUUGAGAACUGCGCCAAGAAGACGCGGAGUCCUAAGUGGCUGACGCCGGAGCAGCGGCGGCACAUGAAGAGGUGGGAAUACUUCAUCGCUGCGGAGGAAGUCAUCUGGGACUACGCACCCUUCAUUCCAGUGAACAUGAACAAAAAAUACAGAUCUCUGCACUUGGAUAAUUUCUCCAACCAAAUUGGAAAACAUUAUAAGAAGGUUGUGUACAAACAGUACCAAGAUGAGACCUUCACCAAACGCCUGGAGGAGUCCAGAAACAACGAAGACGGGAUCUUGGGCCCUAUUAUCAGAGCCCAGGUCAGAGACACACUCAAAAUCACGUUCAAAAACAUGGCCAGCCGCGCCUACAGCAUCUACCCUCAUGGCGUGACCUUCUCUCCUUUUGAAGACACCGUCAACUCUUCCUCCACCUCAGGCAGUAACACCAUGGUCAGAGCAGUUCAACCAGGGGAAACCUACACUUAUAAAUGGAAUAUCCUGGAGUCUGAUGAGCCCACGGACAAUGACGCCCAGUGCUUAACAAGACCGUACUACAGUGAUGUGGACGUCACAAGGGACAUUGCCUCUGGGCUCAUAGGGCUACUUCUGAUUUGUAAGAGCAGAUCCCUGGACAAAAGAGGCAUACAGAGGGCAGCAGACAUCGAGCAGCAGGCUGUGUUUGCUGUGUUUGAUGAGAACAAGAGCUGGUACAUUGAGGACAACAUCAACAAGUUUUGUGAGAAUCCUGAGGAGGUGAAGCGUGACGACCCUAAGUUUUAUGAGUCAAACAUCAUGAGCACCAUCAAUGGCUACGUGCCCGACAGCAUCUCCACACUCGGGUUCUGCUUUGACGACACCAUCCAGUGGCACUUCUGCAGCGUGGGGACCCGGGAUGACUUUCUGACAAUCCACUUCACUGGGCACUCCUUCAUCUACGGGAAGAGGCAUGAGGACACCUUGACGCUCUUCCCCAUGCACGGGGAAUCGGUGACCGUCACGAUGGAUAACGUGGGAACUUGGAUAUUAACUACCAUGAAUUCUAACCCAAGAAGCAAAAACCUACGGCUGAAAUUCAGGGAUGUUAAGUGUAACCGGAAUGAUGAAAGUGAUGAAGAAAAUGAACAUGUAAUAUACAAACCUCCACCAUCUACAUCCAUGACUACACGGAAAAUUCAUGAGUUUUCGGAAAACCAGGGUGAAGGAGGUGAGACUGAAGAUGAUUACGAUAGUCGGAUGGCUUCGUACUUUGGAAUUAGGUCAUUCAGAAAUUCAUCACUGAAUCAGGAGGAAGAUGAGUUCAAUCUUACUGCCCUAGCCCUGGAGAACAGCUCUGAAUUUAUCCCUCCAAGUACUGAUACAGCCGUUGAUUCAAAUUCUUCUUCCCCAAGUGACAGCGGGCUCAUUGACAAUAAAUUUGCAGAACCUAACAAAACCCUUCCUCACCCUGAAACCACCACAGCUGGUCCUCAGGUGGGGCACAGCUCAGAAAAGAGCUCAGUUCUCGGCCCUUUCACAGCAGAGCAUUCCAGCCCUUAUUCUGAAGUCCCUAUAGAGGAUCCUCUACAGCCAAAGGUCACAGGGACGAGCCUCCUACCACUUGGUGCAGAAGGAUUCAGAAGCCAAGGGCAUGCUCACCAUAAGGGAUUGGAGGCAAGGCACAGGUUAUCCCGGAUGAAAUUUCUAGGACAUAAAACAGGGAGACAUUUAAGCCAAGGCAACUCUUCUUCCAUCAUGGGGCCCUGGAAGGACCUUCCCAGUGAUCUCUUAAAACACAAGACUUUCUCUAAGAAUUUGAAUGGGAAAUGGCAUUUGGUUUCUGAAAAAGGUAGCUAUGAAAUAAUCCCCGAGGCUGAUGAAGACAUGGCGGUUAAUAAGCUGAGGAACAGCCCCCAGAAUGCCUCAAGGACAUGGGGAGAACGCAUCCCUCUUACCAACAAGCAUGGAGAGCAAGGUGGCCACCCAAAGUUUCCUGGAAUUAGACAUAAAUUUCUACAAACAAGACCUGGAGGAAGCAGUAGAGUGAAGAACAGCACUUUUCUCAUUCGGACACGAAAAAGGAAGCCUAUACACCACGCUCCUCUCUCUCCAAGGAACUUUCCCAGAGGGGAGGGCAACCUCACCCUCCCAGACGCCCUUCACAAGGCCAAGGAGACGUCUCUUCCCACCGACCUCGCCCAGGCAUUCCCCCGUGGGAAUCUCAGCCUGGCAGCCUCACUUCCCGACCAUAAUCUCAGUCUCCCAGACAGCACUGGUCAGACAAGCUUCUCGCCAGACAUGUAUCAGACAAUGCCCCCCGAACAGUUCUACCAAACGUUCCCGAGUCAAGACUCUGAUCAAACACAGUUCCCUCCAGGCCCCAGUCAUGAAGCUUCUCCAGAGCCUGGCCAGAUGCCUGAUUAUGAUGGAGGAACCCAGUCCUUCCCUACCAACACUGGACAAGUGUCCCCUUCCUUAGAACGUGAAGUCUGGCAGACAGCCAUCCCUCCAGAACUUAGUCAGACGACCCUUUCCCCUGACCUCGGCCAGACGACCCUUUCCCCUGACCUCGGCCAGACGACCCUUUCCCCUGACCUCGGCCAGACGACCCUUUCCCCUGACCUCGGCCAGACGACCCUUUCCCCUGACCUCGGCCAGACGACCCUUUCCCCUGACCUCGGCCAGACGACCCUUUCCCCUGACCUCGGCCAGACGACCCUUUCCCCUGUCCUCGGCCAGACGACCCUUUCCCCUGACCUCGGCCAGACGACCCUUUCCCCUGACCUCGGCCAGACGACCCUUUCCCCUGACCUCGGCCAGACGACCCUUUCCCCUGACCUCGGCCAGACGACCCUUUCCCCUGUCCUCGGCCAGACGACCCUUUCCCCUGACCUCGGCCAGACGACCCUUUCCCCUGACCUCGGCCAGACGACCCUUUCCCCUGUCCUCGGCCAGACGACCCUUUCCCCUGACCUCGGCCAGACGACCCUUUCCCCUGACCUCGGCCAGACGACCCUUUCCCCUGACCUCGGCCAGACGACCCUUUCCCCUGUCCUCGGCCAGACGACCCUUUCCCCUGACCUCGGCCAGACGACCCUUUCCCCUGACCUCGGCCAGACGACCCUUUCCCCUGUCCUCGGCCAGACGACCCUUUCCCCUGACCUCGGCCAGACGACCCUUUCCCCUGACCUCGGCCAGACGACCCUUUCCCCUGACCUCGGCCAGGAGACCCUCUCUCCAGACUUCAGACAUGCAACUCUCUCUCCAGACUUCAGACAUGCAACUCUCUCUCCAGACAUCACUCAGACAGGUCUUCCUCCUGAUCUCAGGCAGACAUCACCUCCUCCAGACCUUGGUCAAACAGCCUACACUUCUGAAUCCAGUCCAUCCUCGCCUCUUCCAGAAUUUGAUCCUACUUUUCCUUAUUCAGACUUUGGUCAGAUGCCAUCUCCGCAACCAUCUCCUUCACUGAAUAACACUUUGAUAGCAAGUGAAUUUAAUCCACCCAUUGUGUUUGGCUUCAGUGGAGAAGAUGGAGAGUACAUUGAGAUUACACCGAGGAAGAAACCACAGAGCAGUGAAGAAGAUGCUCUUGAAAUAGAUCUUGUGACCUACGAUGACCCUUACCUAACCGAUAUUAGGAUAGACACCAAAUCCUCCAGAAAUCCGGACCGCAUUGCAGCAUCGUACCUCCGCAGCAGCAACGGGAACAAAAAAUAUUACUACAUUGCUGCGGAAGAAAUAUCCUGGGAUUACGCAAAAUACGCACAAAGUGACAUGGAUAACGAAGACACUGAUGAGGUUCCAGAGGACACCAUAUACAAGAAAGUUGUUUUCCGAAAGUACCUGGAUGGCACUUUCACCCAACGGGACCCUCGGGGAGAGUCUGAAGAGCAUCUUGGCAUUCUUGGUCCUGUUAUUAGAGCUGAGGUGGAUGACGUGAUCCAAGUUCGUUUUAAAAACUUAGCAUCCAGACCGUAUUCUCUUCAUGCCCACGGGCUUUCCUAUGAAAAGUCGUCGGAGGGAAAGACUUAUGAAGAUGAGUCCUUCAAGUGGUUUCAGGAAGACAAUGCUGUUCAGCCCAACAGCAGCUACACCUACGUGUGGCACGCCACCGGGAGAGCGGGGCCGGAGAACCCCGGCUCCGCCUGCCGGGCGUGGGCCUACUACUCAGCAGUGAACACGGAACGGGACAUCCACUCGGGCCUGAUAGGCCCCCUUGUGAUCUGCCGGAAAGGAACGCUGAACAGGGAGAGCGGAAUGCCCAUGGACAUGAGGGAGUUCAUCUUGCUUUUCAUGGUCUUUGAUGAAAAGAAGAGCUGGUACUAUGACAAGAAACACCAAAGUUCCUGGAGACAUGGAUCCUCAGAAGCAGAACCCUCCCACACGUUCCAUGCCAUCAACGGGAUGAUUUACAAGUUGCCUGGCCUGAGGAUGUACGAGCAGGAAUGGGUGAGGUUGCACCUGCUGAACCUGGGCGGCUCCCGGGACAUCCACGUGGUUCACUUUCACGGCCAGACCCUGCUGGAAAACGGCACUCAGCAGCACCAGCUCGGCGUCUGGCCCCUGCUGCCUGGUUCAUUUAAAACUCUUGAAAUGAAGGCAUCAAAACCUGGCUGGUGGCUCCUAAACACGGAGGUCGGAGAAAACCAGAUAGCAGGGAUGCAAACGCCAUUUCUCAUCAUAGACAGAGAAUGUAAGAUGCCACUGGGACUAAGCACAGGCCUCAUAGCUGAUACCCAGAUCAAGGCGUCGGAGUUUGUGGGUUACUGGGAGCCCAAAUUAGCAAGAUUAAACAAUGGUGGAUCAUAUAAUGCAUGGAUGACAGAAAAAACUUCAGAAUUUGACUCUAAACCUUGGAUCCAGGUGGACAUGCAAAGGGAAGUCGUAUUCACAGGCAUCCAGUCCCAAGGCGCCAAACACUACCUGAAGUCCUACUUCACCACCGAGUUCUGUGUGGCCUACAGCUCCGACCAGACCAACUGGCAGAUUUUCAAAGGGAACAGCACAAGGAAUGUGAUGUAUUUUGAUGGCAACUCCGACGCCUUUACAGUAAAAGAAAAUCUGUUUGACCCACCGAUUGUGGCAAGAUACAUUAGGGUCUAUCCAACCAGAUUCUACCACAGACCUGCCCUGCGCCUGGAGCUGCAAGGCUGUGAGAUUAAUGGAUGCUCCACCCCACUGGGUGUGGAAAGUGGGAAGAUAGAAGACGCGCAAAUCACAGCUUCCUCGUUUAAAAAGUCCUGGUGGGGAGAUUACUGGGAACCCGCCCGUGCCCGCCUGAAUGCCCAGGGCCGGGUGAAUGCCUGGCAAGCCAAGGCAAACAACAACAAGCAGUGGUUACAAAUCGAUCUGCUCAAAAUCAAGAAGAUAACUGCGAUUGUUACGCAGGGUUGCAAGUCCCUCUCCUCUGAAAUGUACGUGAAGAGCUUCGCCGUCCACUACAGUGACCAGGGAGUGGAAUGGAAGCCUUACAGGCAGAAAUCCUCCAUGGUGGACAAGAUUUUUGAAGGAAAUAGUAAUAUCAAAGGGCAUGUGAAGAACUUUUUCAACCCUCCAAUCAUUUCCAGGUUUAUCCGUAUCAUUCCGAAAACGUGGAAUCAAAGUAUUGCCCUUCGCCUGGAGCUCUUCGGCUGUGAUAUUUACUAGAAUUGAAUAUUCAGAGAGACGGGAAGGACUCUUAAACGUAUCAAGCCACUUAGAGUGGGCAAUGUAUUUUAUAGCUAUGUUAAAUUCUCUAUUAGAGAAUAAAAUUUUAUAUGUGAAAUUUUUAUAAUGUAACUCCUGGCUACCAUUAAUUGAGAUGAUAGCUGGUGUUUUUGCAUUAAUUUGAAUGUAAAUGGGAAAAUAACAAGAACCAACAAGAAAAUGGCUUAUCUUUCACAAUGAUUAAAUUUGCUCUAUAAAGUAAUAUUCUAUUCAAGUAGUUAACAUGCUUCACAUAGUUCCUUUAAACCCUGAACAUAUUAAUAAAAAAGAUAUUAAUGUUUAAAACCAUACCUGGGUAGCUGUCACUCCUACAUUUUUCUUUAAAAAACAUAAUCUAUGGCCCACCCGGCGUGGCUCAGUUGUUGAACAUGGAUCUAUGAACCAGGA